AUGGCGUCGUCGGUCGAAGUCGAAGCAGUGCAGGUUUACAAAGCGCUUGUGGAUGGGCUGUUAGACCGCGCGGCGCAAAUCAAGCCCGACAAGCAGAUCGAACCCCCAUUGACCGAGGCUCUUCUCGGCGACCCAAUCUGGGAAGUUCCGUCUCACCAAGAGGAGAGCAUCAAGCUCUUGAACCCGCAGACCCGUUUCGCUGCAGUGGAGAUCGCUUUUCGCGAGAAGUUCUAUCAUACUCUGGUAAGAAGCCGCGGUUACAAUGAAUGGAAUGUAACUGUUGAAGAUUUGCUAACCACCCACAUCUUCUCUCAGGCCUCGACAUCUAUUAACGGCCCUUCCUCUAUUCAUAUUUGGAAUCUCCUCGACAUCGUUUCCAUCUUCUCUGAUAACGAACAAUGCGAACCCGGCUUAAUAUUUUGGCUCAUUGAAGAGCUGCUGGACAGUCAGACUAUCGAUGGCUGUCGCAAGGUAUUCGACUAUCUAGAAUCACGCCGAGAACGCAAUAUCAAGAAACACUUCAAACAAAAGAACUUGAUCAUCCUAAGAUCCUGCAAUGAACUCCUCCGAAGACUUUCCCGAGCCGAAGAUACGGUAUUCUGUGGACGUGUGUUUAUUUUCUUAUUCCAGAGCUUCCCACUUGGCGACAAGAGCUCAGUAAAUCUUCGCGGCGAGUUUCACACCGAAAAUGUCACCAGCUUUGAUGAAAUUUCCAAACCCACCACGGCAGAUGAGAACGAAGACACAACAAUGACCGAGGGCAACGACGAGUCGGCUAGCACAGAUGGCCUCCCGGAGGGAACAACAGACAAGCAGGAGAUUGGAGUUUCCUCAGAUCGGUCCGGCUCGCAAGUUCCAAAGGUCGUUGUUUCUGGAGGUUCCAACGGCAAUUCCAAGGAUAACGUGGACCUUGAUGCCCUAUAUCCCUUAUUCUGGAACCUUCAAUCCUUCUUCUCCGCCCCAAGCAAGAUGUUUGAUGCCGAACGCUUCGCAUCUUUUAAAACCGGCCUCGAUGCUACCUUGCAGGCUUUCAAUAACAUUCAGACCGACAUCGAAAAUCAAUCGGCCUCUCGACCUUCAGAGGAUGCCCACAAGUCUCACAAGCGAAAACGUGCGCCCGAUGAGAAUGAGGUGGGAACCAGCUUCAACCCUAAAUACUUGACCAGCCGAGAUCUAUUUGACCUUGAAGUCGGCGACACCGCCUUCCGACGACACGUUCUGGUCCAGGCGCUCAUCCUCCUAGAUUUCAUGCUAUCGCUUACCUCAAAAUCCAAAGCAAAGAUGACGGAUCUAACAAAUAAGUCUGUCCUAUACGGCUUUGUUUUGAGCGAGGAUGAUGCUAGGUGGGUGGCAGAUAUGCGAAAGAGGAUCGAAGGGUACCUGCAGACCGGCCCGGGAGGCAAAUUCUACUAUCGCAUGGUGGAUACUGUUUUGUCCCGAGACAAGAACUGGGUACGAUGGAAGGCUGAAGGAUGCCCACCCAUUGAACGUCCAGCGAUCACAGUGCCUGACUACAAGAAGGCACAAGAUGAGGCCCGCAAAAUUUAUUCCAACAAGCGCCUCCGCCCCACACCGAUGGGAUCUCUUGACUUGAAAUUCCUCUCUGAUGCUGAAGCAUCAGCCAACAUUGAGCGCCUCAAAGAAUCUGACCGUUUCUCUAUCCCCUCCACCGAUUCAUUAAUGAUGAGUAUCAUGGAUGACGAUAUGGAUAUCGACAUGGCGCAAACUCCGGACGAUAAGGAAGCUGCGGUUCGAGCCAAGUCUAGUAAGACAUGGCGAAUUCUCCGCCUAACUGCUAAGACGAAGCUCUCUGCAUUCGACAAGAUUGAAGACGGCUUGAAACUCCAGGCUCUAUUUGAGGAGCCAACAGCGCCAGUGGAUACUCCUCAGCCGACUGAAGAGAAUGAGGAUACUGAAGAUGCUGAAGGUGCUGAGGAUCAACAUUCUGAAGAUGCCGAAGAUCAACAUGUCGAAGAUGCCGAAGAUGCCGAAGAUGUUAACGACGAGAGUACUGAACAAGGUGUCAAAAGCCCAGCCCAGGAAUCUAUUCCCGUCGUCGAAUCAUUAGGUUGA